GGUGUGUUGAAACUUAUGUCGAAAUCUGGACCUAUGAUGCAUUCGUAUCAAGGAGCUUUACCUCAUCUACCUCUUCCUUCUCUCAACGAUACCAUAGGAAAGCACCUACUGUCAAUGAGACCGAUUCUGAACGAUGAGGAGUUUGAAGAUCUUGAGCACUUAUCAGAAGUUUUCCGCAAAGGACUCGGUCGCAGACUGCAGCGAUAUCUUCAGCUUAAGUCAUGGCUUAGCACCAACUAUGUUACCGACUGGUGGGAGGAAUUUGUCUACAUGCGUCAGAGAAGUCCCAUAAUGAUCAACAGCAACUACUAUGGCUUUGACACCCUUAAUGAACAUCCAACUCACAAUCAAGCUGCUCGCGCCGCAAAUGUCACCUUCACAGCUUUACUGUUCCGUCGGCAAGUAGAAAGACAGGAAGUGACACCUGUAAGUGGAUGCUUCGUGUUUAUGAUCAGAUACUGCAUACUAAUGUGUCUUUUAGUUCUCUGUCUCCCCACGUACAAAAGUGCCAUUUUGUACAAUGCAGUACGAACGGCUUUUCAACAGCUGCCGAGUACCAGGAGAGGAGGUAAAAGAUUGGUCAUAAACUGA